UCCGGCGCGCCGUGUUCAUCUCACUCUGAUUUUUCCGCGAUCGCGGUGUGUGCGCUUUCCCACAUGGCCUUUUAAUGCCCAAGUUUCUAACAAAAAAAAAAAAAAAUAAUAAGAAACGCCAAUUUAUUUAUUAUUUGUUUGUUACUGUGCUCAUGGUGCUGGUAGUGAGUGAAAAAUGCCCUAAAAUGCAACAAACACACUGGAAUGUGAGCAUACCCGAGGAUAAGAAUAACAACAACAGUGAGAAAAGCAGUGGCUGUCAUCAACGCAUCUUCAUCUGCAUUGCCAAGGCUGUGAAACAAUUCAUUGAUCUCUGCAACAACUUGGUUGCCAACCGCAGCACAACAACAACAGCAGCAACCACAGCGGCAUCACCAGCAGCUUCCGUUUCCGCUUCCGCCGCCACUGUCGCCUCCUCCUCCUCCACCAUCACAGCCAGCAGUAGCAGUAGCACAGACCCUUACCCCUUACAGAACCAACAACAACACUUAGUACAAUUACCCACCGGAGGAGGAGGAGGAUCUGGAUCUGGAGGAGGGGCUACCACUCCCGUUAGGAGACAAAUAUCCCCAACGACAGCUGUUAAGUUUCUCCACGCCCGCAAGUUCGAUGUCCCGCGUGCCGUCUCCCUCUACGAACAACAUGAACAGAUCCGCCAGAAGGAGCAUCUCUACAACAUCGAUCCGGACGUGGAGACACUACGAUCAGAGCUACAGACUGGCAAGUUUACGAUACUGCCCGCAAGAACUUCCAGUGGCGCUGCCAUUGCCUUGUUCACCGCCAACCGCCACAGUCCACUGAGUGCCUCGCACACCACCACCCUCCAGGGCAUCGUCUACCAGCUGGACAGUGCCCUCCAGGACACGGAGACCCAGCGGGCCGGCCUGGUGUUCAUCUACGACAUGAGUGGCUCCAAGUAUUCCAACUUUGAUUACGACCUCUCCCAGAAGAUUCUCACGCUCCUCAAGGGUGCUUAUCCGGCGCGUUUGAAAAAGGUCCUCAUUGUGACGGCACCAUUGUGGUUUAAGGCUCCCUUUAAAAUCCUACGGCUGUUUGUGCGCGAAAAGCUGCGCGAACGAGUCUUCACUGUAUCCGUGCCGCAGUUGGCGUUGCACGUGCCGCGUAAAGCGCUGCCCAUACAUCUGGGUGGCACGCUGGAGGUCGAUCACGCCACAUGGUUGCUCAGCUGCCGCCAAUCGAUGACGAAUCGUGAGGACGAGCUGCUGGCCAAUAUCGUGGGUGUGGGAUCGGCUGGUAGUGGAGUAGUAGUGGCCACCACCACCACAACCACAACCACCACCACGAAUGGCACUGUGGAACCUGUGGAAGGAACUACAAUAAUCACAGAAAGCAACAAUACACCAACCACCAACGCCGCCACCAGUAACACCACCGUAGUAACGAUCCGGAAUGGCGUAAGUCCUGCCACUGGAACGCAGGAUGGAGUAGCUGUUGCCGCUGCCGAAUCCACUGGAUCUGGGGAGCCCAACGAGAACAUCACAAUCAACGGACUGAGUCCCAGCCACCGCAGCAAUACGUCUGGCCCCACUGCAACAACGACAGUCAACUCCCUCAAGCUCAAUACAAGCCCCGGUGGUGGUGGUGGUGGUGGUGCUGACGGCAGCACUACAACAGCUGGAGGUGGUACCACUGGAGGAACUGAAACUGUUAUAGGUUUUGGAACUGUUAUAGUUAGAGCAGGUGCUGGUGCAGGUGCUACAGCUGGUGCUGGAACAGGAACAACCACAACGAACGGUGGUGGCGAAUUCUGGUCAGAGAAUCCUCCAAGCAGUGCCUCUUCGGGCUUCAGUGACGACGACAGUCUGGCCGGCCAGGAGGGUGAUCCUAAGCCCAUCGAGCAGAUUGUUCAGAUGGUCAAGCAGCGCGGCCGCCAUGGGUUGAUCAAGGAGUACACAGACAUCCGAAACCGGGCACCCGAAGGCACUUUUGCCCAUGCGAGGAUGCGCACGAAUCUAACCAAAAAUCGCUACACAGAUGUCCUUUGCUAUGAUCACAGUCGAGUGGUGCUGGCUUACGAAGACGGCGUGGAGCUGUCGGAUUACAUAAAUGCGAAUUUUGUCGAUGGCUACAAACAGAAGAAUGCCUAUAUUUCAACUCAAGGUCCAUUACCAAAGACAUCCCAGGACUUUUGGCGCAUGGUCUGGGAGCAGCGUUGUUUAGUUAUAGUUAUGACGACGCGCGUGAUGGAGCGCGGACGUGUUAAAUGCGGCCAGUACUGGGAGCCGACUGAAGAUAGUUCCUUAGAGUUUGGCAACUACCAUGUGCGAACCAUUACCGUUGAAUGCAACGAGGACUACACGGUGGCCUCGCUGGAGUUGAGAAACAUAAAGACUGACGAAAUUCGCAAUGUCUCGCAUUGGCAGUUCACCAGUUGGCCAGACUAUGGUGUUCCCAGCUCGGCCAUGGCCAUGCUGAAUUUCCUGCAAAAGGUACGCGACAAGCAGGCGGAACUAGUCCACGCCCUAGGCGACACAUGGACGGGUCAUCCGCGAGGACCUCCAAUUGUGGUGCACUGCAGUGCUGGAAUCGGACGGACAGGGACAUUCAUCACCCUGGACAUUUGCAUAUCGCGGCUGGAGGAUGUGGGCACGGCGGAUAUACGGGGAACCGUGGAGAAGAUUCGUUCGCAGCGCGCCUACUCAAUCCAAAUGCCCGAUCAGUAUGUGUUUUGCCACCUGGCGCUAAUUGAGUACGCCUAUUCGAGGGGUAUGUUGCAGAGCGUGGACUUGGCCGGAUUCGAUGAGCGGGAACCCGAUUCAGAGUAGAUUCGAAACCC